GUUCAUCUUCCUCCUCCCCCGCUGCUUGUAACCCUCUAGCUCACUCGCAGACAGCACAAAGCGACACGCAGGCUCUCUGCAUAAGGAGGGUGAGAAGAGGAAACAAAAAAAGGAUAGACGCACGUGGGGGGUAAGGAGUUAACAUGCGAGUGUGUGAAUCAGAGAGGAACGACGAGAGGAAACAAGGAACUGUAUGGAAGCAGAGGAGAGGCUGGAUGAAUGGAGACUUGUGAGGCUGAUGCAUCAUCCGCAGACGACUCAUACCUAUGCACUGCUGUUUGGAUUUACACAACAACAAAAAGCAAGGACACUGAAAGGACCGGAGGCUGCAGCUAACUGUCAACUUGUGUUUCUUCAUUCGCUUCAACCAUAAGCAAAAUCAGCAGCGCAGCACCGUUAGCAUCGAGCCUCCGGGGACAAUGCGCCAAGGCAGAUGGAGAGGCUGCAACACAGGAGCUCUCACACAUGUUCUGCCCAUGCACGCAUGCACAAAUACACUUGUGCAUGAAUGUGGUGGAUAGCUACCAAUGCGUAGAAGGGAACACAUUUUUUUCUGAGGAUGAGCAGCAUGAUGAUUUGGGUUAAAAGAAGAGGACAAAUGGUCACGUCUUAAAGAGGGAAAUAAAAGAGGAACUGAAUAUUCAAGACCUAGCAGUAAGCGAUGAUGAUUUGGACAAAAUCAUGGUAGGAUCAGUGACCAAAAGAGCCAUCAGUGUGAGAGGACAAUAAUUCAUCUCAUUCUGGAAUGAUGCAUGCCGCAAAUAGAAGAGUACUCAAAUUAAAAUGGGCAAUCACAAAAGAUGCACCUUUACAAAAGACUUGCAUCUUACUGCUGGCGUGUUCGGCAACAACAACAACAAAAACAACAACAAACACAAAGUGCAUUGUUAAGCUGGCUGCAGGCUUCAGUUCCUUAGACAACCCAUCAAAUAUACCCACUCUGCCAACAGAACCAAAGGCCGGGUCAGAAGUUGCAAGUUUGUCUACUGCCUGAGUGGAUCAGUCCUGCUUUAACAAUGCAAUGGAAACGACGCCACUGCUGUUCCUACACAGCAUAUUUUUUCUUUCUCCUUUCACUUUUGGGUGUUCUGCUUGUUUUUGUCAACCAGGUGUGUCAGCCUAGACUCAUAGGUAUAUCAUGGUCGAGUCUGCACCCUGUGGUAUAUGGAGGAGGUGAACUUCAUGCCACAAAAGCAAAACUAAAUAUGAGCAGCAAAAUGUCAGCGUGGAGGCUGGUCAUUAUUCCUCAGUCAACUGUCAGGGCUGGUGUUAAUGACAGCUCACAGGAGAGGGAAAUUGUCCCCUCUCCUCGAGUAGAGCCAAACAUUGAGAACAACUUGCCGGUCAGUGCAGAGGGAGAAAACAGUGGCACCAUAAACCCUGGCCCUUUCACUUAUAUCAUCAAUGAGCCAAACAAAUGUGAAGACGGCAAACGGUCAACAUUUCUGGUGAUGCUGAUAACCACUGAAGCUCGGCAGGUGGAGGCAAGAAAUGCCAUUCGGCAGACAUGGGCAAAUGAGAGUGUGGCCCCAACUCUGGGAUUCAUUCGGCUCUUUCUGCUGGGAAGAAAUACAGGAGAGCUGGGACUUUUACAGCAGAGGAUGCUGGAAGCAGAGAGCCGGAGGUAUCACGACAUCAUCCAGCAGGACUUCAGAGAUAGCUACAAUAACCUGACCAUCAAGACGUUGACAGGGUUGAACUGGGUGGCAAUGCACUGCCCACAGGCCAGCUAUGUCAUGAAGACAGACAGUGACAUGUUUGUCAACACGGAGUACCUCAUUUACAAGCUACUCCGGCCAGAAAUUAAGCCUAAGACAAACUACUUCACAGGAAAUAAUAUGAGGAACUUUUCACCCAAUAGAAACAAAAACAGUAAGUGGUACAUGUCCCCAGAGCUGUACCCAGGUGACAGGUAUCCAACCUUCUGCUCUGGGACAGGUUAUGUCUUCUCUGGAGACUUGGCGACAAAAAUCUACAGAGCAUCGUUAAGUAUCCCUCGUCUUCAUCUGGAGGAUGUUUAUAUGGGGAUAUGUCUGGCAAAACUUGGAAUAGAGCCCACUCCUCCAUCCAAUGCAUUCCUAUUUAACCACUGGCGGGUGUCUUAUUCCAGCUGUAAGUACAGCCAUCUGAUUACAUCACAUGGCUUUCAUCCCAAUGAAAUACUGAAAUACUGGCAUCACCUGCAGAGCACCAAAAACAAUGCCUGCAUUAACAUAAUCAAAACGAGACAGAGCAGGAUGCAUGGAAACAGAGUGCACAAAGAGAAACCAGUCCCAUAACUCAUGAUGUUAUGGUCAAAUUCUACUCAUCACAACAGAUUGAUAUCUCAGCAGAGAUACUUUCUUAUGUACACAAGAAAUUCUGCAUUAACAGUGAAAAUGAGUGAUCCAAAAUGGUUGUACAUUUUGCAUAGAAGAGACAAUGUUCAUCAGUGUUUUAAAAAUAAAGAACUAUUUUUUGG